GAUCAAGGCAUUAAGUGUCUCGAUGUUUGGGCCCUCGUUUGUUGACCUGACGUUUAUACUGAACACAUCCAUACAAAACAUAUCAUUUAUACCAACUUUAUUAGCCGUCGGAAACAUAUUGGGAACACUUUUAGGAGUGUUGUAUAAAUACCUGAACAGACAACUGAUAAUAGCAUUUCUAUUAUCAUUGAUGGCAAUCUCGAGUACAUUAAUACCAUUUACAACCAGUGUUUGGCAAUUAUAUACCUGUGCCCUCAUCUUUGGCACGGGUACCGGGGCCUGGAUUGCAGCCUAUAAUGUAUGGCUUAUAGAGAUUUGGCAGCAAAAGGCCGGACAUGUCCUCUUCCUAUCGCAACUAAUGUACGGCACGGGAGCUGUUUUGGGCCCACUAUUGGACAGACCAUACCUGACCGGUGGACCCAAACAGGGAACCAAUUCAACAAAAUUGUUAAAUAUAAUUAAUAAUACGACAGACAUAAUAGAUGUAAAUGAAAGGCGCUCUAAACUGGAGGUGCCUUUUAUGGUGGGCGGAGGCAUACAAAUAGUUUUCCCAAUACUCAUGCUAUUAAUACCAUUAACUAAUAACGCGAGCGCACCGGUAGUCAAAGUGAACAAGACAUUAACAGUCAUAUUACUAUCGAUAUGUUUGUCCACAAUCAAUGCACUUGAAUUAGUGUACUUCAACUUCGGGUCCACAUAUUUCCAAUACAUACCCAUCCGACUGAGCGCACAGGCAGCUGCUGGUGUAGUAUCUGUUAUGUCGGCCGCCUAUACCAUAGGACAGGUCAUCAACUUUGUUGUGGCCUUUAUAUUCAAAAGCGAGCACAUGAUUGCAUUUAAUUUCUUAUUGUCUUUCAUAACCAUAUCUUGUCUAACAUUUGCCCAAAACUCUGUGCAUAUGCUAUGGUUGGUGAGCGCCUGUAUCGGGUACUCAGUGUCCGUACUGUUUCCCGCGAUAAUAGGCUUUUUUGGCAAACAUGUGGACAUAACCGACAGAAUCGCUACAAUUGUGUUUAUAACGUGCGCCCCCAUGGGCUCAUUGCCCAUCAUAGCAUUCAAAGCACCCAUAACUCCCGUAGUAUUAGUGGGAGCGGUGGCAUAUGCUGAGCAAAAUCCCGAUUUAUUAAACAAGGUAAUCAACACAUUGAUAAUAACAUCGGACAACUGCAUGGGUGCCCCCAAAUUCAAACCCCAAUUAUUAGCCAUCUUUUCGAGCUGUCGGCGAUUAUUAGCGUCCGAUAACCAGCACAACCUGAUCGCACACGAAACACAUUUCCCCGAAACCCAAGUGCCACGUGUCCACUACGGGUGUGUUGUAGUGACACAUAGUAUCUGUGGUGAGAUUGGCCUGGGACAUUUGUCGAGUGGCUGGGUCAAACUUCCAGGCGGUGUUGUAGGACAUGGGGGUCAGGUAAAACUGUUCCAACUCAGGGCACGUCCACGGCUUUAUGACCCCAUCCGUAGGCCACUGACGCUUAAUGCAGCGGUUAGUGGUCUGGGCGGUGAACGGGCCGUCGGGUAUACAAUAAUUGGUAGCAUUCGUGCCACUCGUGCCGAACAUUACCCAAUACGGAAGUGUAACACCAGGGUCUAUUUUCAACAUUUCGAGCUCCAAUUUAUUCAUAAGCCAUCGGUGAGCAGUGGGACCCUCUACCGACUUAUGCCAUAUAGUCCAGCACUUGGCGUGUAUCUGAGCAAGGUCCCACAUAAACCCAUUGGCGUACAAUAUUUGCAGGACAUUAAUCAGUCGCAUCCGCUCGCUAUGGUGCGCGCUCUGUCCACCUCUGCCGGUGUCGGCAAGUAUGGGGCCGUACAUCCCAUGAAUGCGAGCGAAACAUAUUUGAACGAUGCAAUCACCAGAGUGAGUUUAGUGAUAAGGAACUUGAAAAUGCCC